AUGUCCGAAGUCAAGUCCAAAGGCGGAGCCACCAUCGACAAAGGUGACACUGUCAGCACACCAUAUCGAGGAGGAAAACACGAAGGACAGGUCGAGCAAAUCAUCACAGACGACCAUGAAGCCCAUAAUACAGGGGCCAAAGGAACGAACCAUGCACCCGCUGUCGUCUUCACCGAUCAAAACAACAAGAAAGUCGCUCAUAAGCCUGGUACAUUGACGGACUUGGACAAGGAGUGA